AUGACGUUCUUUCAGAAAGUUUACUUAACACUAUAUUACCUGGUAUCUAUAAACUUCGAUCUUUACCACGACAGCAGCCUAGUGUCAAAGUUUGCUCCAUACAAACCCUACAAGUCCAUCUAUGAUAUUGCAGCCAGCGCUGAGAUUUUCAUUGCAGAAGUUGACCACAUACUGGACUACCCACGGACAGUGUUGCCCAACACUAAACUGAUUGGUGGAUCUUCUGCUUCUCCUGCAAAACCAUUGGUUGGCGAGUUCCAGAAGUUUGUGGAUGAAGCUACAACUGGUAUCAUCGUCAUGUCUUUUGGCGGGGCUGUAGUUAACUUGCCUUCAGACAUCUCCAACAAGAUUAUUUCUGCUUUUGAACAGCUGGAUCUUAGAGUUGUGUGGAAGAUAAAUAUGACAUCGCCUGACCCUAAACGAAUCAUGACCUCCUUGUGGAUUCCACAGAAUGACCUCCUGGGACACCAGAAAACCAAACUUUUUGUGUCCCACUGUGGCAAGAACGGACAAUACGAGGCCCUCUAUCACGGUGUACCCAUUCUCUGUCUGCCCAUAUAUGGAGAUCAAGGCUACAACUCAGAAAGAGUCCGGGUGAAACAGUUGGGACUCUACACCGACAUACGUGAGGCCAGCGCAGACGAACUGGUAGCCUUGAUGAAAGAAAUCAUAUAUGGGGGAAAAUACGCAGAAAACAUGAGGAAAGCUUCUGAACUUUACAGGGAGUUGUACAAAGUUCCCAAACAUGAAGCCGCAUACUGGCUGGAUCACGUGGUUAAAUAUGGAGGGGAGUACAUGAGGUCACCGGGUCAACAGAUGCCCUGGUAUCAGCUCCUCGUUUUAGAUGUUAUUGCUUUUCUGUUUCUCGUGAUUGUCGUUAUCGUGUUGGCAUUUUACGUUCUUAUUAGGAUCUCCUACAGGUUGUACAAGGGAAGUCCAAAGAAAAUCAAAUCGAAACGUAAUUAA